CUAUCUGUUUCCAUCCCCAUCCUUCACUUUGGUAUUUCAUUCUCUUACAAAGCGUAUCUUAUGUUUGCAUGUAAAACAAGUUCUCGUUACUUGAACCUUUAAAAGAACAAAGAGAAAGCCAAAAAGAUCAAAAGCCAACAAACUUAUUAAUCCUUUCAAUGGCAGCCAAUAACAUGGAAGAAGUGGCAUCAGACGUGCUAGAACUCCCGGGCUUUCGGUUCCAUCCGACCGAGGAAGAGCUUCUUGAUUUCUACCUCAGGAACAUGAUUUCUGGCAAGAUGAGAUUUGACAUAAUUGGUUAUCUCAAUAUCUACCACUACGACCCUUGCGACUUGCCUGGGAAGGCGAAGAUUGGGGAGAGAGAGUGGUACUUUUUUGUGCCGAGGGACAGGAAACAUGGCAGUGGUGGAAGGCCAAACCGGACGACGGAGAGAGGGUUUUGGAAGGCGACGGGUUCCGACCGUAAGAUCGUGAGCUUAUCGGAGCUAAAGAGGGUGAUUGGGUUGAGAAAGACUCUUGUGUUCUACAAGGGCAGAGCCCCCAGAGGAACUAAGACUGAUUGGGUCAUGAACGAGUACCGCUUGCCUGAUCACUGCAAACUGUCAAAGGACAUAGUCUUGUGCAAGGUGUAUAGAAAGGCAACUUCUUUGAAGGUCCUAGAGCAGAGGGUGGCAAUGGAAGAAGAGCUAAAGAACUUACAAAAUGCAUGCCCUGCCUCUCCAAUGGACACUUGUAUCUCAUUUUGCAGCCCACAAGAAGAGAAAACUCCACCACAAGUGCCAUCAGUGACCAUUCACCAAUUGGUCCCCAUGAAAAAAGAAGUUGAAGAAGUGGCAAAUAUAGAAACCAAACAUGGUGAGAGGGCAAUAUUGGGAGUCAAAGGGUCUUCCGCAUCUUUGCAAUUGCCACAAGGGUACAAGGAGAAGUUGCCAGAGAUCCAAGUCCCCAGAGAAUUGGGCCUGGAUUGGGCCGCUCAAGACAAUUGGUCAUUGUUGAACAGUCCUUGGCUUCAAAGCCUGACCCCAUUGGCCAACUUGCUGAAUUUCUAAAAUUAUUUAUGCCUAAGAUAUAGCUUCUCUUUCACAACAGGUGGUGCCAAGGAUAAAACUUAGCUGUCGUGUUGUAAAUAAUUUUUUCACCUUUUCUUUUAUGAAAAUUUGCUGUCCUAUUCCUAAUUUGCUGUGGUAAUGUCCUGCUUAGUGUUAAAGAGGAUGGCUAUUAAUUUUUGUUUUUAAUUUAAUUCCCAAGUGUUUGCUGCUCUAGUCGGAGAACAGUUUUUAGAAUAGUUUGCUUACUAGAAUAUUCUUAGAUUUUUUUUU